UAAUAUCUUAGUAUAUAAAGUGAUUUGUUACCAUCAUCAUUAAUUUGCAAAUUCUACUACAACCACAAUGAAAACGACUACAGUCCUUCUGUGUGUUACAUUUUUAUCUAUAGCACAUACCAUGACAAAUGCGCAAAAACAAACAAUGUACGAAGAAUGUGUCUCAGAGACGGGCGUCAAUGAAGAGAUAAUUGAAAAUGCAAUGGCUGGAGAAUUUGCAGACGAUCCAAAGUUUAGAUUGUUCUUGUCGUGUUUUGCGAAGAAAAGGGGUGUACUGAAUGAUGCAGGAGAAAUUCAAAAGCACACUCUUAGAGCAGAGUUAAGCAGUAUGAUUUCUGAUGAGGCUUUAGUGGAAGACAUAAUGGCAAGAUGCGUUGUGCAAAGUGGUACCCCGGAGGAAACUGCUUUUCAAAUUUCCAAGUGCAUACAUGCGAGAAAACAAUCUUAAAUCACGUCAUAAUUGGUUCUAUUUCUUAUUUAGCAAGAAUACUAUUGGAAAUGUUAUCUAUAUUAUCAAUUCAAUAUGAUCGGAUAUUAGUUUGUUGUGAGAAACACUUGAACUGUUACGAACCCUUAAAUAAGUACGAAUAUUUGUAAAAUAAUCU